UAUUCUUGAAAUCCUCACAAUCCUGAUGUGAAUGUGACGUCACUAACAGUAAUGUGUUUAUUUGACAAGAUUAAAACACAUUUCUGACAGGACUUCAGUCAGUAACUUUAACUCGUCUUUUUCACGAGUUAACUGUUAGUUUGAGUGUACGUGACGAUGAAGAAUCUUCUUCUUCUUCUUCUUCUUCUUCUGUGCUUGUUGAUGCAGUUUGUGUUUGUCACAUGAGUUCACAGACUGUUUGUCCCUCCUCAUCCAGUAAUGAAGCUGAUUGUCUUCUUCUUCAGUGUUGCUGCAGUCUGGACUUUGUGGAGCUCCGUCAGUGUCUCCAGCUGCGGUUCAGACUGACUGACAGACCUUCAGUAACACUGCCACCUGCUGCUGACUGGCAGCACUGCAGCUCACACUGGCUCUCUGCUCUCACGUCAGACUGACGUUUCUGGAUUUGGAUUUGAAGGUAUGAGGAUGUGACGGCUGUCGGUCGGACGAACACCAGCAGCGUCUGUCGGCGUCUGCGGACGAAGAAACAAAGUGUGUUUGAUCUCGUGUGGAGCUGAACAGGUGUGUGUCACAAACCUCCUGCAAUCAGAAGUGUGAAUCUUUUAACUGGUGGACCCCGUCGUCAACAGCAGCAAAGCGUCCUUUUAGUCCUGACCCACAGACUGAAUCCAAAGACUUCCAGAGUGUCUGUGAGGAAGCCCAGAGGUUUCUGAUGGGAAACUUUGAACCCUGCAGUCUGGGUUUAACACUCGCCACCGUCUCUGUCAGGAAAUGCUAAUAUGGUUUGUGUUGCUGUGGUGGGACAGGACUAUCAGUCCAAGAUAAGACAGCAGAGAACUUCAGUCAGGGCUUUCAGCUGGAGUUUCUGCUUCACAAGACAAUAAAAAUAUGAUGAACAAAGCAAAUAUGAAGACUUUCUUAUUUCUUUAUAGUCAUGGAGCCACAGGCACUAAACUCAGGAACUGAACUGUAAACCCAAACUUUGUGUUGCACAUUCCUGAUGAUGUUUCCACUGAAUCUGAGGGGCUGAGAUUACAAGUUGGACAGAAAAUCGAUCAAAAAUGUGGAGUUUGAGUGGAUGUAAUGAAGACUUGUAGAGGUGGAAGAGGAGAACAAAAACUCCAGAGAACCGAAGCUCCAAAGUGGAAGCUCUUUUCUGUUUUAGAACAAAGAUGUGAUGAUGUUUCAGUCAGAUGAAUUCAUGUCCUCAUGUUGACUCCAGUUCCACCCAGUGAUGUUAACUGUGUGAAUGAUGGAGAAGUUGUUGCAGCUACAAGCUUCAUGCUGACCAUCACUGAGGUUCAGACUUUUCCACCACAGGAACUGAAGGCGGUUCUGCUUUGGUUUCCACUCUUCUCUCCUCACGUUGGGGGCGACUUCCUGCAGCUAAAUGUCAGCUCAGCUCAGGAUGUGAUACUGAAUCCAAGUUCAUGUACUCUGAGGGGGAACUGAAUCCAACAGCCACAACACAGAAAACACAGCAGGACGUCCACCAGCAGGACAGCAGCAGAAAUCUUGUAACGUGUGAUGGAGACGUUGUUGUCAUGAAUGUUGGAGCUCUGACAGCAUGUUGUUGUGUUUGUGUGAAGGUGUGGGCUCUGCUAUGAAUCAGUGUGAGGAGACAGAGGAGGGAGUCCCUCCCUCUAAAACCACUCUGUGUGGGGAACAUGACAGCCAGACCAAAGCUCAGAGCCCCGAGCAGCAGCAGAGACCAGACUGUCCUGAACCUGAACCUGAACCCAGCUGUGUGUCCAUGAAGAGUGACUGGUCCAUGCGUCAACCAAUAGAUUUUAAAGGACGACUUCCUCCAGAGACUCAUGUGGACCAGCAGACAGCAGACUCUCCUGUACCCAGCUGUGUGUCCAUGAAGAGUGACGGGUCCAUGAUUCAACCUCUUAAGUUCAGAGGUGGACACGACUCUGCUGAAGGAAGAGUUCAGCAGCAACAGUCAGAUGUUCUCGGUGGUCAGUCUGUCCAGCAGAAUCCAGCAGACCUGGACUCCAUAUUCAUGCAUCUUGAGGAGAACGUUGUGACUUUUGUGAAGAACGAGCUGAAGAAGUUCCAGAAGGUUCUGAGUCCAGAUUACCCAGAAAGCUUAGAGAGGCAGAGUGAGGAUGAGGAGGUGUUGGAUGGUGAGGAUGAAGAGCAGAGGAGCAGCAGCAGAGACGCAUUCCUGAAGAUCACACUGCACUUCCUGAGGAGAAUGAAGCAGGAGGAGCUGGCUGACCGUCUGCACAGCAUUUGUCGACGUCAGCUCCAAUCUGAGCUGAAGAAGAAGUAUGAGUGUGUGUUUGAGGGGAUUGCUAAAGCAGGAAACCCGACCCUCCUGAAUCAGAUCUACACAGAGCUCUACAUCACAGAGGGAGGGACUGCAGAGGUCAAUGAAGAACAUGAGGUCAGACAGAUUGAAACAGCAUCCAGGAAAACCACAAGACCAGAAACAACAAUCAGACAAGAAGACAUCUUUAAAGCCUCACCUGGAAGAGAUGGACCAAUCAGAACA